ACAUGAUUUCAAUUUUUCUCCUAUCAAAAUAUUUUUUACAAAAUUUAUAAAUUAUUUUUAAGAUCUACUAUAUGAGAAGACUUCCUAGAAGUCUUUCAAAAGACUUAGAGAACCUCAGAAGACUUACAAAAUCUCAGAAGACUUUACGGGGUUAUAUUCAUAAAAAUGAAUUAUGGCUUUUUGUUUGGCUGGUUGUAAUUUCACUAACCUUUUGGGUUACUUUUGCAUUUGAUUCAAGUUUGAGAUAUUUAAGGGGUUAAAAUUAAGUUUUAAGUCAUAUUUGGUAAAUUUUCCAAACAAAAACUCUGAAAAAAACAAUUUCAGCUCAGAACAUAUGCAGCAAAAAGCCUAGACACUUGCAUUCAAACUCAAUGGCAACGGCUUAAAAUGAUUUCUUCUUUGCUUUAGAAGUUUUCUAUAUUGCACGAUUUGUUUUUCUUUUUAUCGAAUAUUACAUGUUCUAUUUUAGUAAAUUCCUAAAUGGAAAACUUAAGAAAAAAUACGAAAAUGAUGGGAAUGUACAAAUACAAAUCAAUUUCAACGAUUUUGAAAAAUCAUCGAGAUUGUCAAGAUACGAUUUCCAGUUUGAUCUUCUUUUUCUUCCACUCAGCUCUAUUUGACUCGUCUUCAAGGAAAAUAACUUCGAUUUUUUUCCUCAAAAAGCUUUACUACAUAUGGUUUUAUUUAUAUUUUAAUUUGCCAAAUCUGAAUAUUAUGACUUCUCGAAAACAGAAUUAACAAAUAAUAUUCAUACGCUAUGGACAGGCAAAAACCCACAGAUAGGCAAAGAUGUCUCAGAAUCUCUCGUUUCCCUCUCAUUCUUCCUUAUAAAUCCCUAUUCCUUCAUUUCUUUUGCAAAAUCAAAUCUCUCACUUUCUUGACAAAUCAUAAGCCUAUUAUCUCUCUCUUGAGCUCUCUCGUUUACAGAUCUUUGAUUGAUAUGGCGGACGUUAUGCGUCCGGAAAAGUUGGACAUGUCCAACGACACUUCUUCCUUAGGAUCACCUGAGCUUCUUCAUGUUCUGGCCGUAGACGAUAGCAUCGUUGAUCGAAAAUUCAUAGAGCGGUUGCUCAGAGUCUCGUCUUGUAAAGUUACUGUUGUCGAUAGCGCGACAAGAGCUUUGCAAUACCUUGGACUAGAUGGAAACCAUAGUUCCGUUGGAUUUGAGGAUCUGAAGAUUAAUCUGAUAAUGACGGAUUACUCUAUGCCUGGUAUGACUGGAUAUGAACUAAUGAAGAAGAUUAAAGAAUCAUCAGCUUUCAGAGAAAUACCCGUUGUAAUUAUGUCGUCAGAGAAUAUCUUGCCUCGUAUUGAUAGAUGUCUUGAAGAAGGUGCUGAAGAUUUCUUAUUGAAGCCUGUGAAACUGGCUGAUGUGAAGAGAUUAAGAGAUUCGUUACUGAAAGCUGACGAAAUGGCUUUCAAGAAUAUUAUGCACAAAAGAGAGCUACAAGCUAAUGAUAUCUACUCGCAGCUAAAACGCGCAAAGAUCUGAGUCAUUUUGUUUUUCAUAUUUCAUGAUAUGAUCCUAAAAG